AUGGGGAAGAUCAUCUUCUACGAGGACAGAAACUUCAAGGGGCGCUCCUACGAGUGCAGCUCUGACAGCUCCGACUUGCUGUCCAACUUCAACCAAUGUGGCUCCAUCCGUGUUGAGCACGGAAACUGGAUGGUCUACGAGUUUCCCAACUACAGGGGGUGCCAGUUUUUCCUAAAGAGAGGCGAAUAUCCUGAUUUCAACCAAUGCUUGGGAUUUGGAGACACCAUCAGAUCCUGCAGGAUUAUACCCCAGCAAACUUCAUGCAAGAUUCGGGUUUAUGAGAGAGAAGAUUUCAAAGGACAAAUGAUGGAAUUCACAGAAGAUUGCCCACAAGUGUAUGAGAAAUUCCGCUACCAUGACAUCCACUCCUGCAAUGUUCUUGAAGGACACUGGAUCUUCUAUGAUGAACCCAACUACAGGGGGCGCCAGUACUACCUGAGGCCCGGAGAGUACCGGAGAUACAGUGACUGGGGCGCAGUGAACAGCCGGGUUGGCUCUUUCAGAAGAGCCGCAGACUUUCACUAA